CAUCUGCAUGGCUGUGAUCUGGUGGAACCUUUGGGAUCGGAUGACCACUGGACGGCUGCAGGCAGCUUAUAUACCGACCUGCCGCCGUCUACAGUUCGCGUUCCUGCUGGUGGUGGCUGUGGUCGCGGCGGCUCCCCAGUUUGAUCAGCAGCAGUUUGUCAGCCAGCCGCAGGUGCGCAUUCUCAGCCAGAAAAACGAACAGGACCAGAUCGGCAACUACGAGUACGCCUACGAGCAGGACAACGGACAGAGGGUGCAGGAAGUUGGCCGUGUCGCGCCGGGCUCCCAGCCCGAGACUGGCUCCAUCGAGCAGCAGGGUAGCUUCGAGUUCGUCGGUGACGACGGCAACACCUACCGGGUGGACUACACCGCCAACGAGGGUGGCUUCCAGCCGCAGGCCCCCCACCUGCCAGUGGCGCCGGCUCAGAUUCCCGAGUACGCCCAGCUGAGGCAGGAGCACCCGGAGCUGUUCUGGGCCGAGAACGGAGGAGCCGUCAUCCAGCAGCAGCCGCAGCAGUUCUUUUAGGAGCAAAUAAGUCAUUACUUCUAGUCACUUCCGAUGAGUAUAAGACCUGUGCCGGUGUUUUAUUGUACAAAGGAACUGUCCAAUCUCUGAAGACACCGUAAAAUGCUUUUGUCAGCUGCCUUCCCUGUUGAUGAUGCCCUUAUUAU